UGUGGCUUCUCAGAGGUGGGUGGGCCUGCCCUGCGGUAGGAGAGCAAGUUAGCUGCCAGCUGUGGUCAAGAGCCCGCCACUCCCGGCGCGAUGCUGUUCUGGACCGCGCUCAGCUUGGCUUUGAGUCUGCAACUGGCACCGGCGCUGAGCCGCGUAGAGCGCGCAUCGGCCCUGCAAGGGGACCUGUUGUUCCUGCUGGACAGCUCAGCCAGUGUGUCACACUAUGAGUUUUCAAGAGUUCGGGAGUUUGUGGGGCAGCUGGUGUCUGGAAUGCCUUUUGGACCUGAGGCUCUGCGUGCUAGCCUGGUGCAUGUGGGCAGCAGGCCACACACAGAGUUUACUUUCGAUCAGUACGGUUCAGGCCAGGCUAUCCAGGGUGCCAUACGUGCUGCAUCUCAACGUAUGGGUGACACCAAUACAGGCCUGGCACUGGCUUAUGCCAAAAAACAAUUGUUUGCUGAGGUAGCAGGUGCCCGGCUAGGGGUUCCCAAGGUACUGGUGUGGGUGACAGAUGGGGCCUCCAGUGACCCUGUGGGCCCCCCGAUGGAGGAGCUCAAGGACAUGGGUGUCACCGUCUUCAUCGUCAGCACUGGCCGGGGCAACCUUCUGGAGCUGCGGGCAGCCGCCUCCGCUCCUGCUGAGAAGCACCUACAUUUUGUGGAUGUGGAUGACCUUCACAUAAUUGCUCCGGAGCUACGGGCCUCCAUUGCUGAUGCGAUGUGGCCACAGCAGCUUCAUGCCUCAGAGAUUCUGUCCAGUAGCUUCCGCCUCUCCUGGCCGCCCCUGCUGACAGCAGACUCCGGUUACUACGCGCUGGAGCUCGUGCCCAGCGGCAAGCUGGAAACCACAAGACGCCAACAGCUGCCUGGGAAUGUCACCAGCUGGACCUGGACAGACCUCGACCCGGACACAGAUUAUGAAGUGUCACUGCUGCCCGAGUCCAACGUGCGCCUCCUGAAGCCCCAGCGCGUGCGAGUACGCACGCUGCAAGAGGAGGCCGGGCCGGAGCGCAUCGUCAUCUCGCAUGUGAGGCAGCGCAGCCUCCGCAUAAGCUGGGCCCCCGCGCUUGGCCCCGACUCAACUCUUGGCUACCACGUACAGCUCGGGCCUCUGCGGGGCGGCUCCCUGCAGCGCGUGGAGGUGCCGGCGGGCCACAACAGCACCACCAUCCAGGGCCUGACGCCCGGCACCGCGUACCUGGUGACAGUGACUGCCGCCUUCCGCUCGGGCCGCGACAGGGCGAUGUCCGCCAAGGCAUGCACGGCCUCUGGCGAGCGGACCCGCGCCCCACAGCCCGUGCGCCCCGAGGCCGGACCGCAGGAGCCGUGACCCGCCUGCCCCGCCUGCCCGAGGGUCCCUCUUCCCCGGCCGCGAGAGAGAGGGGGGCCGCCGCUGCGGAGACCGAGGUUUUCCUCGUGGGUGGGGAGGGGGUAAGAUGCCGGUCCUGCCUUUGACCCGCGUGAUUCCUCCAGUCGUUUCCCUUCUGGUCAUCCCGGACACCGUCCUCCUCGCCUGACUCCCAGGAAACCUGUGGCAGCUCUGGUAGCCGAACGCACGAUGACAAUCCUCUCUGGUCGCCAGUGGAGUUGAGCAUUUGGCGAGGAGGUGGACAGCGUCUGAGUUCAGGUUGAAGAGACGAGACCCAGGCCAAACAUUCAAGAGAGGAGGCCGCAGGGCCGUCUGUCCCAAAGGCCGCGCCCUCUGGUGGCAAGGACUCCACGCGGCUUGGAGGAGGGAGUGCACAGGACCAUUCAGGUCGUGCCUGUGCAUAGAAAAGUGGGUGGAAAAAAGGAGAUUGGUGUAGGCAGGAUUCCCAAAGAGGGAAAGAAAACCUAGGAAAGGUUACUGGAG